AUGGUGUUCUCGGGUGUGCCCGAAGAGGACGAUCUCCGAGCCAGCGACGGUACCCGGCACACCGCCUCCGGAAUGCCCGCAUCUCACAUGUCCCACCCCAGAGUGUGCCACGCCGGUGUGCCCACCGCCCCCGCCGCCGCCAGUGUGUGCCAAGUGCCCCGAAGGAUCCCCCUCAGCCCCACGCACGCUGCCGUGGAAAACCCUCAAAAACUACACAUUCACCCCCCAAGGGAAGAGGAUAACUACAUUAGAAACCAAAUGAAGCCGGGAUGGAUACAUAUCGGCAUACACCAUCUCUUUCCAGAUCGAGGGUUUACAACUGUUUUAGGAAACCCAGUUAAUAGUACAGGCUUCAAUACAUGGCUCUCUGGACAUUCCGUUCGGAAUGUCACGAAUAAUUGCGGGUUUAUCAACAAAAGCAGACGUGGGUUAGGAAUGGGACUUUGCAAUGACAGAGGGCGUUUUAUCUGCGAGAUCUCAUUCGGAUGAACAACUAAUGUUGCACAGCGAAGUAAUAUUUUAAGUUUGAGAAAUAUGAAUUUCAUUUCAACUUCCAACAUCUCUAGGGUUCUAGUCGGCAUGGUUUACAAACGUUUGAUUAACACUGGUAACGUGAACAGAAUCUUUAGAAAUAAUAAUGUGAUAUCCUUCAAAAGGAAACUUUAAAAACAACAAAAUAAUUGCCUGUAUUAAUACAAUUGCAUGUAUUACUGUAUGUUAAUAAUAUUUAAGUUGUAAUAUCCUACAGAUAAUACAAGAUUUAUAUUUCAUGGCGACUAUGAUUUUUUAUGAAUUAUCUGACGAACGAUUUUAUAUUGCGUAACAAAAAGCAAAAUAUCUGUCACUUUUAUCACGUUCAUUUAGAAUAUUUCCUCUUUAAUAAUAUCAAAUGUCAAAAGAUAGUACAUUUUAACGGUCAUCAAAAAAAUCACCAAAGACAAAGUCGCCAAGAUAACAUUGUCAGUUUUCAAAAGUGAAGAAUUUAAUUUUGUUUGAAACAAUGUGGUUAUUAACGAAGUAUUGACUGUCAAUAUAAAAUUUAUUGACAAACAAUUGAAAAGAGUUUUAUUAUUCUUGAUAGAAAAUACGAGAGCUUCAGUUGUUUCAGGGUAUUAUUUUCGUGCAGAAAUUGGUAUGUGCCAUAUAGAAAACAUGGUAAUUAGAAACGGGUAUGUUUUCAUUACUAAGUAGCGUAUAUAAUAGCGCAAUUUGUGUUGUUUCAAAUAUAUUAUUUAUUUUUUAAAAUGAAGUAAAAAACUUCCCUUUAACUGUACUUUUUUGUAAAUACAUAAACUUGUUCAUAAAAUUGGUCAUCAAAUAUUGCGUUUCUGGCUUAACCAAUAUACCUUCAAUAUUCCUUAAGUGAAAGCUUUGCAGUGUUGAACUCUUUCUGUAUGAAUUAAAGAUGAAGGCUGAAGAUCAAUCUGUUGAGUAAGUAUAAAAAAUUCCGAACAGGAUUUAAGGGUCCUAUUGUGAAAUCAAUAACCUCUAACUUAAUAUAAUCGUUGGAAACUAUUUUUUAUGGUUCUGCCAUUUUACCUACUUUUCGAUCAAUAUCACUAUAACAUGGCAUUGUAAUUUGUAAGCGUUUCAAUAAAGUGUUGACAUUAAAAAGUAAACAAACGUUAAAUAGAUUAAACAUGGGUAUUUAAAUGCUCAAUAAUUAUACUCCUCUAGUGCUGAUGAAAUAGAUCAAUACAUUGUGAAGUGUACAAUAAUAUAUCAAAUUACAGAAUGCUGCGCAAUUCUUGAUUUAGCGGA